GCCCGGGUUCCCCUGCAGCUCCGCCUCCGCGCUGGGUGCUCACUUGGGAAAAUUUCUCGCGCCUCACAGCUGUGUUUUCUCGGAGCGCAGCUGAGCCGAGCGCAGCCGAGCGGAGCGCAGGCGAGGCAGGUGGGCGCGGGGAGCUGAGCCGCCGGAAUGACGGCCGAACAGCGGCGGAAUUUGCACGCCUUCCGCGGCUAUGUCAGGAAGAUCCUGGACCCUACCUACAUCCUGAGCUACAUGACUCCCUGGUUUAGGGACGAUGUGGUGCAGCAUAUUCAGGCCGAGAAGAACAACAAGGGGCCCAUGGAGGCUGCUUCACUUUUCCUCCAGAUCCUAUUGGAGCUCCAGGAGGAAGGCUGGUUCCGCGGCUUUCUGGAUGCCCUUCACCAAGCAGGUUAUUCUGGACUUUAUGAAGCCAUUGAAAGUUGGGAUUUCCAAAAAAUUGAAAAAUUGGAGGAGUAUAGAUUACUUUUAAAGCGUUUACAACCAGAAUUUAAAACCACAAUCAAUCCAGAAGAUAUCCUUCCUGAAAUAUCUGGAUGUUUAAUUAAUCAGGAAUGUGAAGAAAUUAUUCAGAUAAGUUCCAACAAGGGGCUGAUGGCAGGUGCAGAGAAAAUGGUUGAAUGCCUUCUCAGAUCAGACAAGGAGAACUGGCCCAAAACUUUGAAACUUGCAUUGGAGAAAGAAGAGAGCAAGUUCAGCGAACUGUGGAUGGUAGAGAAAGGUGCAGAAAAUAUUCAAGUGAAAGAUCUUGAGGAUGAUGAAAUGAAAACUUUGGACGUACAGAUUGUCUACAAAGAAGAACCAGAAAACCAGAAUCUUAGCCAGAAUUCCUGUCCUUCAGGAGUGCCUCCUACUUAUAGCCCAUUGAAACCAAGAAAUUACCAACUAGAGCUUGCUUUACCUGCUCAGAAGGGAAAGAACACAAUAAUAUGUGCUCCUACUGGUUGUGGAAAAACCUUUGUUUCACUUCUUAUAUGUGAACAUCAUCUUAAGAAAUUUCCGCAAGGACGAAAGGGGAAAGUUGUCUUUUUUGCUGUUCAACUCCCAGUAUAUGAACAGCAGAAAUCUGUCUUCUCAAAACAUUUUGAAAGACUUGGGUACAAAGUUGCAGGCAUUUCUGGAGCGACAGCUGACAAUGUCUCUGUGGAACAGAUUAUUGAGAACAAUGACAUCAUCGUUUUAACACCACAGAUUCUUGUGAACAGCCUUAAAAACGGGACUGUUCCAUCACUCUCCAUCUUUACUUUGAUGAUAUUUGAUGAAUGCCACAACACCAAUAAACACCAUCCAUAUAAUAUGAUCAUGUUUAAUUAUCUAGAUCAGAAACUGGGAGGAUCUUCAGACUCACUGCCCCAGGUCAUUGGGCUGACUGCCUCAGUUGGCGUUGGAGAUGCCAAAAAUACAGCCGAAGCUACAGAAUAUAUCUGCAAAGUGUGUGCUUCUCUCGACACAUCAGUGGUAGCAACUGUCAGAGACAACUUGGAGGAACUGGAGGAGGUUGUUUAUAAGCCCCAGAAGUUUUUCAGGAAAGUGGAAUCACGGACUACAGACAAAUUUAAAUGCAUCAUAUCUCAGCUGAUGGCAGAAACGGAGGCUCUGGCGAAGAGUAUCUUUGAAGAACUUGGGACCAUAACUCUUGAAAACUUAUCGCAAAUUCAAAAUAGGAAUUUUGGAACACAGAAAUAUGAACAGUGGAUAAUUGCAGUUCAGAAAGCAUGCAUGGUGUUUCAGAUGCCAGACAAAGAUGAAGAAAGCAGGAUCUGUAAAGCCCUGUUUCUGUACACGUCACAUUUGCGGAAAUACAAUGAUGCCCUCAUUAUCAAUGAGGAUGCACGGGUGAAAGAUGCUCUGAAUUACUUGAAAAACUUCUUCAGAAAUGUCCGGGCAGCAGGAUUUGAUGCAAUUGAGCAAGAUCUCACUCAGAGAUUUGAAGAAAAGCUGUUGGAACUAGAAGAUAUUUCCAUGGAUCCCAGCAAUGAGAACCCUAAACUCGAAGAUCUCAGCUUCAUCUUGCAGGAGGAAUACCACUUAAACCCAGAGACCAGAACCAUCCUCUUUGCGAAAACCCGGGCACUAGUGGAUGCCUUAAAGAACUGGAUUGAAGAACAUCCUAGGCUCAGCUUUCUAAAACCUGGCAUAUUGACUGGACGUGGCAGAACAAAUCAGACAAUGGGAAUGACCCUCCCAGCACAGAAGUGUGCACUGGAUGCAUUCAGAACCAACAGAGACAGCAAGAUUCUAAUUGCUACCUCGGUUGCCGACGAAGGCAUUGACAUUGCUCAGUGCAAUCUGGUCAUCCUCUACGAGUAUGUGGGCAAUGUCAUCAAAAUGAUCCAAACCAGAGGCAGAGGAAGAGCAAGAGGGAGCAAGUGCUUCCUUCUGACUAGUAAUGCUGAUGUAAUCGAAAAAGAAAAAAUAAACAUCUGCAAAGAAAAAAUGAUGAACGACUCCAUUUCAAGCCUGCAGAGCUGGAAUGAAGCAGUAUUUAAGGAAAAGAUUCUCCAGAUACAGAGUCAUGAAAAAUUAAUCAGGGAUAAUCAAGGAAAAGUAAAACCUGUGCUUGAUAAGAAAAAUAAAAAACUGCUUUGCAGAAAGUGCAAAACCUUUGCAUGUUACACAGCUGAUAUAAGAGUGGUGGAGGAAUGCCAUUUCACUGUGGUUAGAGAUGCUUUCAGGGAGCGCUUCGUGACUAAGUUACAUCCCAGACCGAAAAAUUUUGGGAGUUUUGAGAAGAAAGCUAAGAUCUUCUGUGCCAGGAAGGACUGCCUCCAUGACUGGGGAAUUCACGUGAGGUACAAGGCAUUCGAGAUUCCAGUUAUAAAGAUCGAAAGUUUUGUUGUGGAAGAUGUUGUGACUAGAGCUCAGACACUGUAUGCAAAGUGGAAGGACUUUAAUUUUGAGAAGAUCCCAUUUGAUGCUGCAGAAUUGUACAAUCACGCUCAAGACCUCAAUCUGCAGGGAAUGGAUGGCCUUGAAUGAAGAAGAAGUUAGACCUGUGGGUAAAUGAUGGGUCUCUCUGUACUAUGGUCAAGUUAUUUUUCCUAUGGCUUGUACGAUACUGAGUAUUUAUCACUCAACUUCUAUUUCGUUUUCAGCAGUUUGUACUGAUAUUGUAUCAUGUCUGUCAAGCACAAGUGAGUGGAUUAGAGCACGCAAUUCUUUGUUGGCCAGGAGAGCUUGGGAAAAAUGAAUAAGCCUUAACUUGUUGCCAUCCUUCCUUUCAGAACCCACUGCACCCAUAGCCACUCAGUACACACUGGGAUCAAUGAAUGAGUGAAUGGAAUGUUGAAAGGUUUUCCAUGCUUCCCUUUCCUUAACCCACUAUGCUGAAGCUGAAACUCCAAUACUUUGGCCACCUGAUGCGAAGAACUGACUCAUUGGAAAAGAUACUGAUGCUGGGAAAGAUUGAAGGCAGGAGGAGAAGGCGACGGCAAAGGAUGAGAUGGUUGGAUGGCAUUACCGACUCCAUGGACAUGAGUUUGCGUAAACUCUGGGAGUUGGUAAUGGACAGGGAGGCCUGGCGUGCUGCAGUCCAUGGGGUCGCAACGACUCAAACACAACUGAGCGACUGAACUGACUAACCUACUAUAAACUGACUUUUGCCCUUAACGAUCCACUGAAAUUACCUUUGUCAAGGUCAUCAGUGACUCUGGUUGUCAGAUCCAUUGGGCACUUCUUAGUCCUUCUGUUUGAUCUUUUAGCUGUUUUUGCCCUGUUGAAUACUUCUUUCUUGGAACUCCGUCUUGGCCACUAGCUCUUCUAACUCUUCCCCAGUCUUUUCUAUGGGCUUCUUUUUCUGAGCCCUCACAUGUUGGCAAUUCCAAAGGUUCAAUGUAUAUACACAUCCAUAGGCAUCAGAGUCACAUAUACUUGUAUUCUCUGUGUGGCAUCUAUUAUUAAAACUCAGUGGUGGACUUUUUUUUUUUUUUUUUUUUGGCUCUUUGACCUUUCUCCUUUAAAGUUUAGUUCUUUUUCUUCUUUUUUAAAUUUUUAAAUUAAUUUUUAUUGGAACGUAGUUGCUCUGAAGUGUUAGUUUUUUUGCUGUGGAGCACAGUGAAUAGUUUCACAUAUACACAGAGCCCAUUCAGGUCACCACAGGUUACUGAGCAGAGUUCUGUGUGCUGAAGAGGGUGUUCUCAGCAGUGGACAACGACUAGUAAUGGGGACAUGGAAGUGAUACAGUCAUCCUUGCAAAGUUGAUUUCUGUUGUUUUAGUUUAUUGGAUAUCUUGCCCAAUUAAUUUUUUUCUUAAUCUGUGCCACUGUUCCCUUCGAUUGAUCAUCUCAAGCCAUUUUCUAAUAAUAGUUGAUGGUCAACAUUUGGACUGUGUUCUCAGGUAGGUCCCUUGUAUGAUCCUGAAGGGGCAGUUUAAUUUGGCUGUCCAUUCUGUUUAAAAAAUUAGAAUGUGUGCAAAGGUAUCCUGUGCUGUUUAACAGGGUUUACUGAUGCUCGGGAGUUUAGUUUGGUGUGUUCCAGACACAGAGACACCUGAGUUUUGCUGUCUCCACCCCAGGCCAAGGUAUUGUAUGUUCAGCUCAGGGUAGGCUCUGUAGCAAUUUAAAGCAAAUUCCUAAACAUAUGAGCUGUUUGUAAUACACUAGGAUCGUCAGCGGCUUAAACAAACUUAUAAACAUCAUAAAAUGUUAAUACGCUCAAUAUAAGGGAUCACAGAAGUUUUCAAAUAGCACCUAUUUAUAUCUGAAGGCUAUUUGGUGUCCAAGAGACCACUCAGACUACCCAGAUCAAUCCUGGAGAUCAGUCGGGUGACGCACUACAACCACCUCAUCCUGGUUUUGAUCUGAUGACUGGUUUUGCAGGCUGAGUCAGAGAACUUGCUAUUUAUGUAACUAUUCCUUGGCUUAAUUUUCUUCAUCUGCAAAAGAAGCAUAAUGCAUACCUGUAAGGAUUAAUGGAGAGUUUUUAACUGAAAUAACAUAUGAGAAGUCCGUGAUUAUACAUAGUAGUUGCUUGAUCAUGGUUACUAUUAGACAUAUUCUUAGUAAGACAUAAAAAAAAAAAUGAGUUAUUUAAGCCGACUUACUUGCUGAUUUUUAUUCAUUUUCCAUUUGUAUUUUAUAAGAGUAUUAAGGUUCUGCUCACCAGUUUUAAUGUGGGCUUUUUUCCCCACACCAGCAAGCAAUUUAUCAACUGGGUGUCUUACCAUUCAACUCAGUUCUGACAUUCUCUGCCUGGAGAUGGCGUCAGAGUCCUACAGGUUAAGAACUCAGUCCUAUAAGACUGCCUGCCUCCUCCCUACAAAUUGUUACUACCUGUGCUUCUGACCAAUUGCCAAAAAAGGUCCAUCUGGUCAAAGCUAUGGUUUUUCCAGUAGUCAUGUAUGGAUGUGAGGGUUAGACUGUAAAGAAAGUUGGACACCAAAGAACUGAUGCUUUUGAACUGUGGUGUUGCAGAAGACUCUUGAGAGUCCCUUGGACUGCAAGGAGAUCAAACCAGUCCAUCCUACAGGAAAUCAGUCCUGAAUAAUCAUUGGAAUGACUGAUGCUGAAGCUGAAACUCCAAACUUUGGCCACCUAAUGUGAAGAACUGACUCAUUUGAAAAGACCCUGAUGCUGGGAAAGAUUGAAGAUGGGAGGAGAAGGGGAUGACAGAGGAUGAGAUGGUUGGAUGGCAUCACCGACUUGAUGGACAUCAGUUUGAGUAAACUCCGGGAGUUGUUGAUGGACAGGGAGGCUUUGCGUGCUGCAGUCCAUGGGGUUUCAAAGAAUUAGACGCAACUGAGUGACUGAACUGAACUUGAACUGACCAAUUGAAUAGGGAUGAAAGUUACAGCAACCUCUUCUGUGGCCUUAAUUUGCCAGAGACUCACAGGACUCAGAGAUUAUUGGUUUAUUGUAAAAGGAAAUAACUCAGUGUAGGGACCGUUCCUAUAAAUUAGCCAAGAUGGCAAUGGUCAGGCUCUCUUGCCCCACGACUUUUUGCUGUCACCCCAUGUUUUGUAAAUAAUGACUUUGCAUGGUUAUGUAACAGCUGAGAUCACUUAUAGAACUGCGCAUGCAUGUCAUGAUGUACUCGCGUGGCUAUGGGCCGCUUUUUGUUCUGUAAAGCUAUGUAAGCCCCACCUGAAAAGCCCUUUGAGGGGAGUAAGAAUUGUAUUGAAUUGGGUUGCGUAGUUGCUACUACUGUGCCAGCCAUUAGAGAAUAAAGCAUGUCUGCCUUCCCACAGUGAGUAAAGUGUCUGCAGUUCCUUCCCAGGUGGCUCAGUGGUAAAGAAUCCACCCGCAAUGCAGGAGAUGUGGGUUUGACCCCUGGAUCGGGAAAAGCCCUUUGAGGAGGAAAUGGCAACCCACUCCAGUAUUCUUGCUGGAAAACCCCAUGGACAGAGGAGCCUGGUGGGCUACAGUCCAUAGGGUCCCAAAGAGUCAGACACGAUUGAAACGACUUAGCAUGCAUGUUCACAGUUCCUAUGGCUCCUCGCAUCUUCUUCCAGCGUCCCUGCUCAUGCCUUGUCUUCCCUGGGUUCAGUGAACAGUGAGAUACAGCAAGACAGUUGGCGUAGUCAGGAGGAUACAGCGAGACAGGAACAGCCGGAUGAAAGAGAUGCAUAGGGUAAGAUAUGCGGAAAGGGUUCAGAAUUUCCAUGUCUUCUCUGAAUCUCUAUGUGUUCAUACACCUGGAAGCUCUUUGAACCCUGUUCUUUGGGUUUUAUGAAGGCUUCAUUAUGGAAGCAUGAUUGAUUAAGUCAUUGGCCAUUGGUAACUUGUUUAACUUCCAGCCCCUCUCACCUCCCCUGAGGGCAAGGGAUGAGACUGAAAGUUCUAACCCUCUGAUCAUGUGAUUGUUUUCCCCAUCCUUAAGUGUUAGCUGCUUAGUGGUAUCUGACUCUUUGCGACCCCAUGAACUGUAGCCUACCAGGUCCUUCCGUCCAUGGGAUUCUCUAGGCAAGAAUACUGGAGUGGGAUGCCAUUCCGUUCUCCAGGGGGUCUUCCCGACCUUGGUCUCCUGCACUGCAGGCAGAUUCUGAGCCACCAGGAAUGCCCACCCUUCCUUAGGUGUGGUCCAAAGGUCAGUCAUUAACAUAACCAAGACACCUUUGUUGCUGUCAUCACUUAUGAAAUUCCAAGGGUUUAAGGAGGAGCCUGGGGCUACAGUCCAUGGGGCUGCAAUGGACUGGACUGAGCGACACACCCAGCAGAUUUUCAGUGCUGGAAAAUCUGCUGGAAAUCUAAAUAAUUCAGUUUCGAUGAAGGUGAGUAGCCUUCCUUCUCGACAGCCAACCGAAGAAUGCAGACAAAAGCUGAAACAAGAAAAACUUAGCAUUUCCUUGUUUCACUGUAGCCUGAAGUCAAGCCCUUGCAGGUAUAGAGCAUGGAACAGAGUAGGGCAUCUGGUUGAUACUUGUUGAAGGAAAGAAAACAGUGGUAAGGAUUUAAGAAUUUCAUACUCUUGACUGAUGCCCAAAUGGUCACUGGAUUUCUAGAUCAAAGGCUGCGUUUCAGAACCAACUGGGAGUCUUUCUUGGGCACAUGCCUAGCCCCCUUAGAACAUCCUGGCGGGGUGUGUCUAGCCAUGUGUAGCUUUUGAAGUUCCUCAGGUGGUUCUGCUAUAAUCUGAUACAACCACUCUUGUUAACUGUGUUCCCCGCCAGGCUGACCUUGGGAUAUUUCCCCUGAAAAGUCACUUUCAGUCUAAUGCCUGAUUGUGUCACAAAGCCAGCAAACUGACUCCAACCCUUGAAACUGAUAUUAUUAUUUGAAUCUAAAAACAAAGAAGCCAGCAGGUCAGAGUUUGCUCAAGUGUGACUUGUGGAACGUGGUGCUGUGCGAUGCUCUAAAGAAAGCAGUUCUGUGGGCAAAUAGGCUUCUAUGUUGCCUGUUACCCACUCUCCCCUCAAAUGAAUGAUUUCGCAGCACACACUGCCAUUGUGUGUCCUUGUGUCAGUUCUGCAGUGAUAAGGCCCAUGUAACCCACUGGUUCCCAAAUACACAGGCCCUAGACCCCCUGUACUCAUGGGACGUUAUCAACAUCCUAUAGAACCACCACAGUAGCAGAUACGCAUAAGCCCUGCUGCUGACCAGAUGACUGGAGCCAAAUUAGAGUAUUAAUUUCAGGAUCAUACCAGUAUCUCUGUUUUAUGAUAUUAUAUCGGAAAACUGUAAAUUCCACUCAGCAAAUCUGUAUUUAAUAUGAAAUCUCACUCAACAAAUCUAUAUUUAAAAUGUAGACCUCAGUUUUGAGGAUAUAAAUUAUUAAAACUGUUAAAUAUCGACUAUAAUUAUAUAGUCUUUGUACAGGUAAACAAAAACUACUUGGAUGUUAAAUUCUGUUUGUAUUCGGGACAUUUAACAGCUUCCAAAGAAGGCAGCCCGUGGAGCUUGGGUUCCUGUUUUUCAGAAGCAGCUCUCAUGGCUCUGUCACACUGUCCUAACUCAACCCCUAAAGGCCAGCUGUGCCCAGAAUAAGGUUCUUCGUUUAGGUGACUAGGAAACUCCAAGUAUUUUUGGCCUAGGGGACACUGGGAUCUAAGAUCACAAGCUUAACUGUUAUCCCAGAGCUGUCAGUGGCACAUGGACUGGCCCAGAGUGAGGCCAUCACAAAUGGAAAUGAAUUGAAAGGAGCCGAGUCUGAUUCGCUAGAUCCAAUCUUAUGCCUGUGGCAAUGGCCACCUCGGUUCUUGAGCCAUUUUUUUUUGUUUCUUUAGGCAGUUUGAAUUGUGCUUCUAACACUGUAGCUAAAAGUCCUGUCUAAUUUAUCCUUCUCGUAGAUCACUUUCCACCUACAUGAGCUGUUCCAUUGCCAAAGACACAUAUGCUUAUUUGCUGCAAGAAAAAUGUUCGUCUGCGGACUCACUGGGCACCAGGAACACUUGUUUGCCUAGGAGAGAUCAGGCACAUACGAAUUUAGAAAACAGUAGGAACAAGGGAGAUGGGAACCCUAUAGACAGGGAGGGGCUGGGCCCAGCAAGAGCAGCAAGCUUCUCACCUGGAGAGUAAGCACCCAGUGCCUUCAUGAGAAACCAGGUGAAAGGGGUUUAUUUGUUCAGCCUGGUUGAGAGCAAGGAUGGGACACUGGCCCAAGACACUUUAUUAAUGAACACGAUAGAGGGUGUUUGGAAGGGAGAGGAGGGAAAUUCAGAGGUGAAGGGACCCCCAUUCCAGAAGUCAUAGCUGCAAGAAUGUCUCCCUAUAAGCACCGAGGGUGGGGCGCCAGGCUGCUCCAUGUUCGGCACUGGAGGUCUGAGGGGUGGAUGUGUUUUUUCAGCCCUUCUUAGUGUUUUUAUGCUAGUGAAGAAGGAGUUCCGUGUGCUGAAGAGCAUGUUCUCAGUAGUGGACAACGACUAGUAAUGGGGACAUGGAAGUGAUACAGUCAUCCUUGCAAAGUUGAUUUCUGUCGUUUUAGUUUAUUGGAUAUCUUGCCCAAUUAAUUUUUUUCUUAAUCUGUGCCACUGUUCCCUUCGAUUGAUCAUCUCAAGCCAUUUUCUAGUAAUAGUUUAUGGUCAACAUUUGGACUGUGUUCUCAGGUAGGUCCCUUGGACGAUCCUGAAGGGGCAGUUUAAUUUGGCUGUCCAUUCUGUUUAAAAAAUUAGAAUGCAUGCAAUGGUAUCCUGCGCCAUUUAACAGGGUAUGCUGAUGCUUGGGAGUUUAGUUUGGUGUGUUCCAGACACAGAGACACCUGAGUUUUGCUGUCUCCACCCCAGGCCAAGGUAUUGUAUGUUCAGCUCAGGGUAGGCUCUGUAGCAAUUUAAAGCAAAUUCCUAAACAUAUGAGCUGUUUGUAAUACACUAGGAUCGUCAGCGGCUUAAACAAACUUAUAAACAUCAUAAAAUGUUAAUACGCUCAAUAUAAGGGAUCACAGAAGUUUUCAAAUAGCACCUAUUUAUAUCUGAAGGCUAUUUGGUGUCCAAGAGACCACUCAGACUACCCAGAUCAAUCCUGGAGAUCAGUCGGGUGACGCACUACAACCACCUCAUCCUGGUUUUGAUCUGAUGACUGGUUUUGCAGGCUGAGUCAGAGAACUUGCUAUUUAUGUAACUAUUCCUUGGCUUAAUUUUCUUCAUCUGCAAAAGAAGCAUAAUGCAUACCUGUAAGGAUUAAUGGAGAGUUUUUAACUGAAAUAACAUAUGAGAAGUCCGUGAUUAUACAUAGUAGUUGCUUGAUCAUGGUUACUAUUAGACAUAUUCUUAGUAAGACAUAAAAAAAAAAAUGAGUUAUUUAAGCCGACUUACUUGCUGAUUUUUAUUCAUUUUCCAUUUGUAUUUUAUAAGAGUAUUAAGGUUCUGCUCACCAGUUUUAAUGUGGGCUUUUUUCCCCACACCAGCAAGCAAUUUAUCAACUGGGUGUCUUACCAUUCAACUCAGUUCUGACAUUCUCUGCCUGGAGAUGGCGUCAGAGUCCUACAGGUUAAGAACUCAGUCCUAUAAGACUGCCUGCCUCCUCCCUACAAAUUGUUACUACCUGUGCUUCUGACCAAUUGCCAAAAAAGGUCCAUCUGGUCAAAGCUAUGGUUUUUCCAGUAGUCAUGUAUGGAUGUGAGGGUUAGACUGUAAAGAAAGUUGGACACCAAAGAACUGAUGCUUUUGAACUGUGGUGUUGCAGAAGACUCUUGAGAGUCCCUUGGACUGCAAGGAGAUCAAACCAGUCCAUCCUACAGGAAAUCAGUCCUGAAUAAUCAUUGGAAUGACUGAUGCUGAAGCUGAAACUCCAAACUUUGGCCACCUAAUGUGAAGAACUGACUCAUUUGAAAAGACCCUGAUGCUGGGAAAGAUUGAAGAUGGGAGGAGAAGGGGAUGACAGAGGAUGAGAUGGUUGGAUGGCAUCACCGACUUGAUGGACAUCAGUUUGAGUAAACUCCGGGAGUUGUUGAUGGACAGGGAGGCUUUGCGUGCUGCAGUCCAUGGGGUUUCAAAGAAUUAGACGCAACUGAGUGACUGAACUGAACUUGAACUGACCAAUUGAAUAGGGAUGAAAGUUACAGCAACCUCUUCUGUGGCCUUAAUUUGCCAGAGACUCACAGGACUCAGAGAUUAUUGGUUUAUUGUAAAAGGAAAUAACUCAGUGUAGGGACCGUUCCUAUAAAUUAGCCAAGAUGGCAAUGGUCAGGCUCUCUUGCCCCACGACUUUUUGCUGUCACCCCAUGUUUUGUAAAUAAUGACUUUGCAUGGUUAUGUAACAGCUGAGAUCACUUAUAGAACUGCGCAUGCAUGUCAUGAUGUACUCGCGUGGCUAUGGGCCGCUUUUUGUUCUGUAAAGCUAUGUAAGCCCCACCUGAAAAGCCCUUUGAGGGGAGUAAGAAUUGUAUUGAAUUGGGUUGCGUAGUUGCUACUACUGUGCCAGCCAUUAGAGAAUAAAGCAUGUCUGCCUUCCCA